ACUGUUCAUUUUGUUGCGCCCUCUUCUUCCUCUUCUGUUGCUAACGAAUUCUUAAUCAUUUCCUCUCUUUCACGGUUUUCUUCACUGUUUUUGCUCCCAAUUCCUCUCAAUAUCUGAAACCCCAGUUCCCCAUCCCCCUCCAUCACGCAAUCCACCGAUCUCCUCACUCUUCACUUGCUUUCCUCCAGUUGAUUAAGUGUAAGAGGCUUGUUGGUAUUACUACCAUCUUGAAAAAAAGAUGGGGUGUUUCACAGUUCUAAAGAACAAGAAGAAAAAUCGUGCACGGUGUGUUCAGGGAAAACAUGUUAAGUCUAGGGAGAUCGUGCCAACUAUGCUUCCCGAACCCCGCUCGUUGCAGUCUGCACCACCGAGUUUUAAGAUCAGAGUGAAACCUGUUCAACCAGCUAAUGGAGCUGCUGGAAGUAGAGUGCAUACAUUGUCUGCUCCAUCAAAUUUGUAUGCAGCAGAACAGGACGCUUAUUCAUCAGUUGAGUACGACGAACUAGACGAGUCACCUGGCCGAUUCGGAUCGAAAGAACAGAGAUCCCCGAGUCCUCAACCGCUGCCUCUUCCAUCGCCCCAGGUUAGCUGGACUCUAAAGAAUACUGGAAGCUUUAAAUCAGUGAUGUCAUCUGGGCCUCUGUAUGCCUCUGGACCUUUGCCACUACCACCGGUGGAAGUGGUCAGAAAUUUUCCUUCAGAAGAAAUAUCGUCUGCUUGCCAUAAUUUUUCUGCUGAAUACUGUGUGUCAGAGAGUCCUUCUUUUAUAUAUAGGGCUACCUUUGGAGAUGAUGCUUCAACUCCAAAGAAGUUUGAAGCUGCUGUUACUUGCCGUAAUCCAUCCAAUCAGGGUUAUAAGGAAUUUGUUUCUGAGGUUAAUACUCUAGCAUCUUUGCAACAUCCAAACAUUUGUAAAUUGCUGGGCUUUCAUACCCACGAGGGUUCGGGGCAGAGAAUGCUCGUGUAUGAGAGACUCUUUCAUGGAAGCUUAGAUCGUCUAUUGUAUGGGAGAUCAGAUGGGCCUCCCAUUGACUGGAUUACGAGAAUGAAGAUUGCAUUAUGCGCCGCACAGGGUCUCACUUUCUUGCACGAAGAGGGACCUUUUCAGGCAAUGUACAAAGAAUUUUCAACUGCCAACAUACAAAUUGAUAAGGAUUUUAGCGCCAAGCUUUCUGGAUAUGGUUGUGUAGGACAAAUUCCGACACCUGAGACAGAGAUUUCUAACAAUUCAGUGGCAGCAGCAUAUCUAUCAAUGGAGACAUUGGAGAGAGGGCUACUUACACCAAAGAGCAACGUUUGGAGUUUUGGAAUUGUUCUUCUAGAAUUACUAACUGGGCGAAGAAAUCUCGAUUCUCAUUACCCAAAAGAAGAGAGGAACUUAGUUAAGUGGACCAAACCGUUCCUUACCGAUGAUGGUCGAUUGUCGUUGAUCAUGGAUCCUCAACUAAAAGGGCGCUUCCCAACCAAAGCAGCCAGAACAGUGGCAGACAUAGCUCAAAAAUGUCUUCAAAAGGAUCCCUCAGAAAGACCCACAAUGAGACAUGUAGUUGAACAGCUGAAGAUCAUCCAAAACUUAAAGCAAUCAAGUCGAUUCCCCUUGCAAGAACCCACUGGAAAACAGAUGCUAAGAUCACCAAGCCUUGAUGGAAUCAUCAUUACAGCACCAGCAGCAGCCAGACUAAGUUUCUCCCCUUCUCCACCUUCUGGAGUUCACCAAUCCCUGUCACCUGGAGGUACAACUUCCAUUCCUACACCUCCGCCCCAGCUAUGUUCAACCCUCUCCUUUGAGGAUGUCGAUCGACAGGAAAGGCGAAAAUCGUCAAUGUCAGCCCUUCGAAGACCUCGAAUCGAAGGAUACUGAUCUUUUGAAUUGAUUCAAUUUGUUUAUUAUUUAUUAUAUUUUCUUGCUUGUUUUCCUCUUGUCUUCUGGUGGUUGAUUCAACUCAAUGUACAGUACAUGGAAAAAAAAAUACAUAUAUAUAUAUAUUUUCAUCCUCAUAGCUAGAGGAGAAAUAUAUGCUUAUUUUUGUGUA